AGAAUGUUGACUAAAUAGAUAGAUAAAUAAAUAAACUCAAUAAAUUAGGCUAUAAUUUCAUGUUAAAAAAUAUGGAUUAAAAACCUGAAACUGGGAAUUUAUGUGCGUAAACUUCUGACCUGAACAAAAUAAAUACAUAUUUUCUACAUAACAAACAGAAAGUAUAUGGGGGUUUCCUUCAGUUUCUAUGUGUUCAACGGAAUCAAUCUUCCAUAGGCGUUAACACUAAACGUAUGUUGUAUUAUUAUUUAUUUUACAUUAAAAAGAGAAAAUUAUAUUAAGCAUUAAGUUAAGAGUAUGAACAUUGAUUAAGAUACAAGUACUUGUUAACGAAUGGCUGAAUCUAACGGACAUUCUGAUAAAAAGGGGAAAGACGAAUCAGAAGAACUCCAUCAUGUUUGCACGUAUGAAAAUGACGAUGACGACGAAACUUUCCAUUCUUUUGGCUCAGACAGCAAGCCAGAGGAUAUUGUUCAAGAAAAAACGCAUGAAAGAGACCAAAUAAUCCCUUCAAACGAAGCAAUUUUAGAAGAAAACCUUACCAAUGAUUCUAAAUUUGAGCCUAACAACCUGAACUCAAACCCUUGUAUACACAAUUGGUUGGAUAAUCAGUGCAUAGACGAAAACAGUGCAAGUAUUUCAAAAGUACAGCCAUGUGUUAAUAAUUCGAAUACGUCAAUUUCGGAUGGAACCGAUGGUAAUCAUCAAAAUGAACAGGCGGGCAUAUCCGCUCACCCUUGCAAUUACAGUGACAGUGCAUCGUGUUUUAACGAUUCUGGUAUCAGAAACUGGCAAGAAGUCAAAAUGUUAUCAAUAAAUGAUGUUAAUUAUCCGAGCGAACAGGCGCCCAUGUCCGGUAACCCUAACAUUUUCAGUGAUAGUGCGUCAUGUUUUAGCGAUUCGGAUACCAGCACUGUUAUCUAUCGCAGAGAUUGGUUUGAAGUUAAAGUGCCGUCAAUAACUUCACGAUAUCCGUAUCAGGCAAACGCUCGGACGCCAUUCGAAAGAAGCAUUUCGUGUACUGAUGAAUGCCCUUUUCACAAAGAAGAAAUUAUAAAAUAUGUGUGCAUGCCUUGCAACAAGCUAGCAUGUCAGGCAUGUUGUACAAUCGACCAUAAAAAUUGCCACGCACCAGCCUAUAUACCGUCACUGAUAGUAAAACCGGAAUUCAAAUUUGAUGAAAAGUGCAAUAAGUUCGAAGAAGACUUAGAUGACAUACAAAACCGAUUAAAGAUAAGCAAAGGAAAAGCCCAAUCAAACUUAAAGGUUUGUGAAAUUAUGAAAAUCAACGCAAAAGCACAGUUCAAAAGACAACGUGAUGAACUAAACAGGCUUUUCGAGUGUUUUGAACGAGACUUCGACCGUAAAAUCUCUGAAAUUGAAAACCACAACAAAGAAAAGAUAAAAGAACUAAUGUCAAAGCAAGAACGCAUUGAUGAGCAGUUACAGAAUACUAUUUUAGAUUACGACCAACGUAAAGAAGAAGGAAAUAGUUCCCGAAUAUUUACAAAAAUAGAAAUGUCGAAAGAAAUCGUUGAUGCCUUAAAUACCGGCUUAGCAAGCAUUGAAAUGGAGAAUGAAGUUGAUAGAUACAUUUACAAACCAUCAGAGGAUGUUAUGGACUUCAAACAAAAGAUAUCAGAGCUAGGGAACAUACAAAUCAUCGAUUCUGAAUCAAAAAGUGAUGUCACUGGUGUUAAAACAAUAAACAUGAAAACAGAAACAGACCAAAAGCCAUGUCAAAUUAGCGGUUUAGUUCUGCUGUCAGAGCGUCACCUACUGGCCGUAGAUUUUGCUAAUUCCACUAUUAAAGUGGUUGAUAUCUUCAACAAUACUGAUGUCAUCAGCGUACCUGUGAUGCCAGCGCCAUUUGACGUAACUAUGGUCAGUGACCAAGUUUCCACUUGCGACAAAGACAAAGUCAAUGGAGAGUUGGUUCUGACACUUCCUAAAGAAAAUAAACUGCGUGUCAUGGACUACACAUUACCAUCUUCGUUUACAGACAAACGAGAUAUUGAAACAAAUGGAAUGUGCCGGGCGGUUCUUUACCACGAUGGUAAAUUAUUCGUUACUUUUCCACAUUUAGGAAAAAUAGAAAUCGUUGACAUGAAUGGGAGAUUGUUGAAAAAAAUUAGAUGCGCAACUUUUAACAUCGGUCAACUGUUCCAGCCUUUGUCCAUCACCAUGGAUAUGACCGAGGGCAAACUAUUUAUUUCUGAUAAAGACAGUCACACUGUUUUUUGUAUGAAUACUGAUGGUGACGUCAUUGCCUCUUUUAACGAUUAUGACCUUGUCGAACCACGUGGUUUGUGUGUCAAUAUGACAGGUGCGGUUUUCGUCUGCAGCUUUGCUACACAUAAAAUAUACCAUCUCUCUUCAAAUUGUCAACUGAUCUCAACCAUGACAGUUGCAGACGACACAAGUCCAGCCCCGUUUCCAUUCAGUAUUGCAUACUCGGAUGAAAAUAAUGCUAUUUAUGUCGGACAAUUUGCAAAAGAUUGCAUUAAAGCAUACACGCUUGGUUGAGUGAUUGGAGCAGUACAUUUUCCGAAAGCUAUCCGACCAAAUUUUGACAGUCCGUGAUUUUGUUGGAAGGCGUUUAGAAAACUGCCUUGUUAUGUCAAAGUCUCCACCGUGCACAUGCCUAGGCUAUCAUUAUACAGUAAACGCCGCUGAUAACGAUACUCAGGGUCCGCCAAAUUUAUAUCGUUAUAUCCCGAUAUCGUUACAUCCGAGAACGACCAUUUUGAAAACAAGAGUCGGGACUGCGGCAACAGCAUCGGUAUAUGCGGCGUAUAUCGUUAUAAGCGGUGUAUAUCGUUAUAAGCGGUAUAUAUCGUUAUAAGCGGUGUAUAUUGUUAUAAACGAUAUCGUUAAAAGCGGUAUAUAUCGUUAUAAGCGGUGUAUAUUGUUAUAAGCGGUGUAUAUCGUUAUAAGCGGUAUAUAUCGUUAUAAGCGGUGUAUAUUGUUAUAAGCGAUAUCGUUAUAAUUGGAUUUUUCUGUAUGUAGUUUAAUGUUAUUUAAAUAAAUCAGAACAGAACACUACCAAAACAAUUAACAAAAUUAUUUUUUUCUUGAAACAAAAAUCUUUUGGCGACGCAUAAAAAUACUCGUGACUAGGACUGUACUGUAGCGUGACACCAUUUUUGUUAAGGUCUGACCAAUCUGUAAGGUCUAGAAACUUUUCUUCUCAAUCAAUUUGUUAAGAAGUUCGAUUUAAGGUGCCAGCCAAUAGUCUUGUUGACAUAUCUAACAUAGAAUAUACAGGGUCACAUAUACAGUAUUAGAUUUAAGAGUGCACUUUUUAGCACUAGAAUUAGCAAGUUUAAGCAAGCGUACUACAUUACAUUAUAUUACAAAUUGUUAAUGACAGAUAAUACUUUUUUCUAAAACAAAUAAUUAUUAUUCCGAAAAAUUCAUCAUGUAAAUUUUCAUACUUAAUCACUUAGAAGUCUAUCGACAUUUUUUUCAAUAAAUACUUGUUUAAGAAUAUCCAAAUACAAAUGUACAUGUAAUAGCAUUUUAUUGUGGCUUUUUUAAUCAAUAUUUUACAGAAAAAGUGCUUGUUGUUGACCAAUCCACUUUAAAUUUGAUAUCAGUCGGCGCGUGUCGUUACUUAUGUUAUGAUAAUUAGUACAGGCUGGACAAUCAGUAUUUGACAUUGCUAUGUUUUUUGGUUGUUGUUUAACAAUAUUUCAGCAAUGCCUGU